AUGGAUCCAGAUGAUACAAGAUUUGUAUGUCCGAGGCCGAGAGCUGUCCGUGCUUGUGUUUCGUGCAAAGCACACAAGACGCGGUGUCUGCCGUCUGCUCGUUCAGAUCAAUGUCGAAGGUGUGAGAAAAUAGGGACUAUCUGUCUCUACAGUGAUGUUCAACAAUUAAAAAAGAAAACACAAGCCAGACAGCCUGAAGGCGAGACAUCAGCUUUGGAAUCUAUCCUGGGAAAAGUCACUCCGGCAACCCUAGAUGUCGAUUACGAGGAUCAAUCUGAGAAAGUGGUUCGGAUGCAUGGCAAUGCCUUUGGAUGCACCGAAGCCACUAUAUUGACAACACAAUCCCAGACCUGUCAAUCAGAUGAGGCAAAUAGACAGAAGAGGCCUCGUGGGUGUAUUUUCAAAAUACCACAUAUUACAAUGAGCCAGGUCGAUACGAUGGUACAAUCAUAUCAGCUGAAAACGGCAUACUUUCCAUUCAUUUCCAUCCCCGAGAAUAUAACAGCAGAGACGCUUUGCCAGAAAUGGCCCUUUCUGCUCUUAUCUAUCUUGGUGAUUAGUUCUGCAGACGAGCCGAUACUUCAAAAGGCUUUAGAUGAGCGGUUCCGAAAAGUAUUGGCUACCAGGGUUGUCAUGCAGGGUGAAAAGUCGUUGGAUUAUUUGCAUGGCCUGCUUGUUUAUCUUUCUUGGCACCCAACUCAUCUAAAGCCAAUUAAUAAUCAAAUCUUCCAGUAUCUGCAGCUAGCGAUUAGCAUGAUAUCAGACCUGGACCUGGAACGAAAAAUGCAUUCCAUAACUGAUUGUGUUACUGAUCAGAUUAUAGCAAGGAAUACAAUCCUGGGCUGCUAUUUCUUAUCUGCGAGCAUUGCCAUGGGCUUCAGACGGUCCAACAAUUUCACAUUUAUUCCUUCAAAUGAGCUUCUUGACUCAAUGCUUUUAUUGAACGACGGUCCACUGGAGCCGAUCAUUGCUUCCAUCGUGAAAUUAUGCAAAUUCAUUGAGAAGGUACAUGGCAUCAACCUACAGACCGAAAUGGCAAAGCUAUCAAGUUGGACCCUAGAAUGUCCUUUGCAAAAGCUCACACAGAUGCUCAUCGGAGAGUUAACACAGUUAGAAAGAGAGCUGCCAGCUCAUAUUUAUACAAAGACCAGAAUACAAUUCAUGCAAAGAUUCGCCAGAAUAAAGAUUUACGCUCUAGCACUGGAGCAAGAGAAACAUCUAUCCCAGAACCAGAUCAAUCCGCUCACUUUCCUGGAAGUAUUCCCGGCGUGCGCUUCAGAGAUAAUCAGCCUGUUACAGUACGUCAACACAUCGACCACAGAAUACAGAAAUCUCUCAAUCACCAAUUGGGCACCCGUUAUACAAUCUGUCGUUAUGUUCCCGAAACUGUGCCAGUUUACAAUGCUGGAUCCAGACGUCGCGAGGACGUGGCAGGACAUGAUUGAGAUAGAGCGUGCUACAUAUCUAACCCAUAUCGACGGACUAUGUGAUCGUCUUGAGAGCACUUCGAUAACGAAACUCCAGACUGAACAGAAAUUACCAGACCUGUUUUAUCUUUUCUACACUGUCCUGCGACUUUUCAAAGCCAAUUUGAUGCGUGAGUUAGAACAACUAUCUUCCGGUCAAAUACCUCCAAACAACGCCAACCAGAGUAACAAACCACCCAGCUCUCGCUGCCCAGUCGUAAACGGCGACAUCCAAAGUACAGACUAUUGGACAAUGUGGAUGAACAGCAAUAACCUUAUGAGCGAUGUGGAACUGUUUGGUGUUCAGGGGGGAGAGUUUCCGGAUUUUGAUAUUAAUGAUCCGGCGGUUUUUGAUUUGGGUUCUUGGGUUGAUUUCUCUGUUUGA